AUGAAGCUCAUCGACAUCGGUCCUGAUCCAUCUCUGGCAUAUCGGCCAAACUUAGAAACGAAUGAAACCAAAGAGAAGGAAGGCUACAGGAACUUUGAGAGCGGAAGCCUCUUCGAUCGCGUCUUCAAAACAUACAGCCUGAUGCACACCAGCCAGACGCUGGCGUUUGUAGAGCAGAAGCACUCUGAAUGGACCGGCUGCACCCACACCAGGAUGAGCAUGAUGGAGGCCGUCAUGUCUCUGGACCAGCUGGUGGACGAGUCCGACCCGGACGUCGACUUCCCCAACUCCUUCCACGCCUUCCAGACCGCCGAAGGCAUCCGGCAGGUUCACCCAGACAAAGACUGGUUCCAGUUGGUCGGUUUGAUCCACGACGUUGGGAAGAUCAUGGCUCUCUGGAACGAGCCCCAGUGGGCUGUGGUCGGAGACACCUUCCCCGUGGGCUGCAGGUUUCAAAACUCAAUCGUGUUCAGAGACAACACCUUUGAGAACAACCCAGACGACAAAAAUCCCAGAUACAACACAGAUUACGGGAUCUAUGAACCAAAGUGCGGCCUCGACAGCGUGCUCAUGUCCUGGGGUCACGACGAAUAUCUCUACCGAGUAAUGAAGUUCAACAAGUGCUCCAUCCCGGAGGAGGGGCUGUACAUGAUCCGCUUCCACUCCUUCUACCCGUGGCACUCGCACGGGGACUACAUGCACCUGUGCAACGAAAAAGACCUGAAGAUGCUGCCCUGGGUCCAAGAGUUCAACAAAUUCGACCUGUAUACAAAGACCACCGAUCUGCCGGAUGUGGAGAAGCUGAAGCCGUACUACCAGUCUCUGAUCGACAAGUACUGCCCGGGCGUCCUGCUGUGGUGA